AUGGACAAGAGUUGGAUGGCAAAGUUUAGGGGUUCCGUUGAGUAUAUGAAUGGAGCCAAAUCAUUUGUAGAAUUUGCAGUUAGCAAGUCUACAAAUAAGGAGUACAUAAUCUUCCCAUGUAAGAAGUGUAAAUUCAACAAGAGUCUUAGUCCAGAGUUGGUUUACACACAUUUAACUGAUGGAACAGGAAUUAUACCUGGUUACACCGAAUGGGUGCUCCAUGGAGAAAGGAUGUGUGAUCUUGUUACUCAAAGAGAACCAACAGUUAAAGGAUCUUCUUCAACCCCCGUACCUGACGAGUCGAGAACUAUGAAUGCCAUGCUCCGUGAUGUUUUUGGCAUGCACCCGUCAAUAACAGACGAAUUUACUGGUCACAUGGAAGCGCAACCUAAUGUUGUAGAGUCAGUGCAGGAUGCAGUUGAUGAUGAGAGUGCGAGAAAAUACUACAACUUGCGUAUGGAAUCAGAAAAGCCACUACAUGAUAAAACCAAACAUAGCAAGCUAGGUGCUAUUAUACAUCUAUAUAAUUUAAAGUGUAUGGGUGGAAUUAGUAACACUAUAUUCACAUCGUUGCUUGAGUUCAUCAAUCAGUUGCUUCCGACGGAUGGUGAAGCCUUGCCAAAAAAUACAUAUGAGGCCAAAAAGUUUUUGAGGGACUUGGGUCUUGGAUAUGAGAAGAUUUUAGCUUGUCGAAAUAAUUGUAUGUUAUUUUGGAAGGAUACUGAGCAUUUAGAUUUGUGUACAAAAUGUGGAUUAUCAAAGUGGAAGGACGAUAUUAGAGAUGGGCAAUCUCGACCAUCUAAAAGACGGCCCAUUAAGGUGUUGCGAUGGUUUCCACUAAUACCACGCUUGCAAAGGUUGUUUAUGUCGCAGCACACCGCUAUCCAUAUGAGAUGGCACGCUGAUGGGCGCACAAAAGACUGA